AAAGUAACUUCUCUCAACUGUGAGCCCAUUUUAGAGGAAAAGAGGAAGUACACCAUGCACUACAAGAUAGCCCUUAUCAUCAACUACUUCGGCCACUGUAUAUCAGUCGGAGCUCUCGUUAUCGCCUUCAUUCUCUUUCUGUGCUUGAGGAGCAUCCGAUGCCUUCGCAACAUAAUCCACUGGAACUUAAUUACGACUUUCAUUUUGAGGAAUGUAAUGUGGUUUUUGCUUCAGCUGACAAUUAACACCCGUCCCUUUCUCUCUGUACAGCCCUGGUGUCGUCUUAUUACAACAAUCUAUAAUUACUUUGUGGUGACCAAUUUUUUCUGGAUGUUUGUCGAGGGCUGCUAUCUUCACACGGCUAUUGUGAUGACAUAUUCCACGGACAAGCUUCGAAAAUGGGUCUUCCUCUUCAUUGGAUGGUGUAUACCGUGUCCGAUAAUUAUAGCGUGGGCCAUUGGAAAACUUUACAAUGAAAACGAACAAUGCUGGUUUGGCAAGGAACCUGGAAAGUACAUAGACUACAUUUAUCAGGGGCCUGUGAUUUUAGUUCUUCUUAUCAAUUUUGUGUUCCUUUUCAACAUAGUGCGCAUUUUAAUGACAAAGCUGAGGGCCUCGACCACAUCUGAAACAAUACAAUACAGGAAAGCGGUGAAGGCCACUCUAGUGCUUCUGCCUCUGCUUGGUAUCACAUACAUGCUGUUCUUUGUAAACCCAGGCGAGGAUGACAUAUCUCAAAUUGUGUUCAUAUAUUUCAACUCAUUUCUACAGUCCUUUCAGGGAUUCUUUGUGUCGGUAUUUUACUGCUUUCUUAACGGGGAGGUACGUUCCGCAGCCAGAAAGCGCUGGCAUCGCUGGCAGGACAAUCAUGCGCUGCGGGUCAGAGUGGCGAGAGCCAUGUCCAUCCCCACCUCACCCACCCGCAUCAGCUUUCACAGCAUCAAGCAGACCACAGCCGUCUGACCUUUACACAAUAGCUUCUCCUCUUUUAUAAUUCAGCCACACAGUUGGACUGCAAGUGGCAUGAGAGACCAAGUGAUUGUUUUUGGCCUUUGAUGGUUGUGGGCGUCUCCUCUGACAAGCAGCGAACUGAAUUAAUAUGUCUGUGUGACUGUGUCAUUUUAUCAAUGGGCCCUGAAUUGAAGGAGUUUAACAGAACUGAUGAAACGUUUAUUUUCAUUCAGGAGACUGCAAUCAACCACCCUAGCAUCUGUUUUAUAUUAUCUAUCUAUCUAUCUAUCCGUCCGUCCAUCCAUCGAGCUAUAUAUUUGAACUCUUUCACCGCCAAGUUUGUUUUUUUUUUGUUUUUUUUUUUUAAGUUGCCAACUGCCUCCAAUAUUUUGAUAUUUUCACAUAACUUUCAUGGUCUCAGAAUAUUUUGUUGUAUGAAUAUCUGAAGCAAUAUGUCAAAAAACUAAACAAAACAAACGACAAAAGAACAGAGUAUCUGAUUUUAAACAAACAAAAAGCAUUUUAUUUUAGAUUAAUGCAUUUUCUCACCACUGGAAUGUGUUUUUAUUUCUUUUUAAAAUAACAUUUUAUACAAAAAGCUGAGCAAAUCACAUUUUUCUCAAAAACUACGUCUGGAUUGGAUUCAGAUCGAAGAUCAAACACAGAUGGAGUACUUCACUUUCAUCGGCACCCCCAAAGCUUCACAGCCAUAAAUGAUUGCCUUACUCAACAUUUCUUUUAGUAACGCACAGCAGUUUGAUUUAUAUGCUGUUCAAAGUUUAAAGAUUGUGUUAUUUUACAGCAUGGAAAUUCAAUGGCAUGGAAGUGUUGUCUCCUAAGGCUGGCCACACACUUGGAAGAUUUUAAUUCCGAUUUUAAGCUUGAUUUUGAUCCCAAUUUGCAUGACCGAAAUCUAGGUUUGCUGAAAACCACUUCUUGCCCCAAAUUCUUAAAUAUGUAGGGGCAUUAUAAAGUUUUAACUGCUCCCAAUUGAAUCAGAGUGUCUCGAAUUAUAGAUAUCAAACAUCUGAUACCCACGCUGACCAAUGGAAGCGUCCAAGAUUCACCAUCAUUCAUUAUUACAUGCUUUUUGAAACUUGGCUACCACAAUCAUGCCACAAAAGUAUUAAGAAAGAAGAUCACCCAUAUUUAAACUCUUCCUCCUGUUAUUUUUCUUAGCGCGUCAUGUUUAAUCUCUUGAGUCUCUGUGAGAUCUUGUCUCAAAGUCAGCCGGCAUGUGGUCUCGAUGUCUGGUCGAAUCAUGUAGUUUGUGCUUUUGGAGGAUUAUAAUGUUAAACUUUGAUUGAAACCGUCCAUAAGUCUGUGGUCUCCACCAUUUUUUUAAAAUUGGUUAAGAUUUGAAAAUCAUCAAGUGUGUCCCAGACCUAAAUGACAAUGGCGGGGAAAGAGUUAAAUAUAACUGAUAGCGGACUAUGACACCUAGAGCUGACUCCAGGAACUCAACAGUAAUUUUAGACGAGCACUCACAACAAUGACUGGACAAAUCAAUUUGCAAAAAAAGCCCCAGUGUUCUGUAAUAAAAGCAUCUGGGUCUACAGUUCAGUCCACACCAUCUGAAUCACACUUGGCAUCACUCUCCAGGGUCCUCAUUUAUAAAACUCUUCAUAGAUUUCAUCCUAAAAGUGUACCUACCCUCAAAAGCUAGAUUUUACAUACGCACUCAGUUUUUCAGAUUCAUAAAACCGAAAAAGAACGAAAAUCUCUUUAUAAAUCCCAGUUAGGGGAAGACUGUACGUAUGUGAAUCUCCACCUGACUCCUCCCACAAAUUACCAUAUAUGGAGCUUACAACGCCUUGUUUUACUAUGCAUAACCUCAUUUGCAUAUACUACCAUGCAUAUUCAUGUACACGUGACCCUAUAUUUAACAUUGUCAAAGGUACAAGACAUUAAGGAAAUAUGAUACAUGGACUCUAUUCCUAUUGUACCAUACAUUCAUUUUCAUUGCUAAAAAUCAUCCAAUAUCCUUGUUAUGUAUUACAAUAAAUAUAAGCAGAUAAUAACAAUACCUGUUUAAAUAGUUUCCAAGUAAAUAGAAUUGAUCUCAUUCUUUCACUGGCCAAAUAAUAUUUCAGUUCAAAUCCCCAGCUGUACUUUUCAUAGUGUUUUAGACAUGCCUUCACAUGAACAAACAUGUACUGUAUAUCAGCUUUAAAACAGAGCUUAAAAUCCUUGUUUUUACAUCAUUCAUUCAUAUCACUCCAGGAAAAAGACUUUGUAUGCAUGGGUCAGAGUUUGCGUGCAGGUGCAUGAAUUUUCCUGUCAAGUUUGUUUUUAUAAAUCUCACUUUUUGCGUGGGAAGUGCAAAAAAGUGCUCUUUUAAAUCUGGUUUUGAGCAUAUGCAACAGUUAUAAAUGAGGCCCCUAAUCUCUACAUCAGCAGCACAUAUGUUCUCCUCUGCUACCAGUCUAAACUUUGUCCAGUGCAGCAUAUCAACUGGUCAUCAAACUGCCUCACACACAGCUAAUGGAACAGCUCUGCUCAGCCAGACGACUCAAAUGGAGCCCCGAUACAGCUUUCUUCAUCUACAACCAAAGCAGCUGUAUCUCACUCUGAAUAGCAUUCUUUCAACCAGUGCUUCAUGGAAAAGCUAGACAAACUAUCUGAAGCUGAUGUUUGUGUAUUGAAGUCAUUAUGUUACAUGAUACUCCAUCAGUGAUCCUAAAGUGUUUAAUUAUGUUAAAGGGAUCGUUCCUAUGGGAUAGAUCAUUGGGUGCACUAGAAAAAACUGCUGCUUUGAAUUCAGUCUCAUGAAUAUGCAGUCGUGCACCAGAGGGAAGUAGCUGAAGUCAAGAUUAUUACAAAUCUGUUACGAAACCUAUUGAUUUGGGGUUUUUUUUACUUUGCAUCUACAGUGUGUGGUCAUACGGGAACAUUCUGUGAUAUUUUGGCACCUUUUUUAAAGCUUGAAUGUGGUUGCUGUUCACUGCCAUUAUCUGGACGAGUUCAAGCAGGACAUUUUACUUGUCCAGAAUCAGACUUCACUACCAAAUCAAAACUGCCGAGCUGGACCACCCAACAUUGUCCUGUGGCCCCAAGCAUGACUCUCUGCAGGUGAGCCACCAGAAGUAAAACGCACUGGGAACGCCACUGUGUGACUGUGUUCGGAAGCACGUGUACAAUCAGUACAACAGUGAAGUGAGACGUCACAAGUGAGGUGACAUGAGGAACUAAGAAACAUAAAGGCACACCCAGGACAUGUAGCGUCUUGUUCCCUUGGGGAAUCCUGGUUAUAUACGUAACCCAGGGGCAUUCGCUUGGGACCCUGGAGUAGAUACCAGGUUGUACAAGUAGAUAAAUGUGUGCGGAUACCAUGUUAGACCAUUCCCAAUGAGAAGGCCAUGGAGGCUGCCAUACUCCAGGGUGAGUGUACUUUGACACCCUUAGGUGAUGGGAGGCAAGAGGACUUGCAAUCUAAUAUCUAGGAAGCCUUUGUUUUAUUUACUUUUAGGAAGAAUAUCUUGUUUCAUGGCUGGCUAGUCAGUGUUCAACUUGGCUACAGCAUGAGUCACGACCUCCACAAGCUCCUAAUUUGCGUUGGACUACGACAAGUCAAUAGCCUUUUCAGUGUCGAUGUUCAUCACAUCAGCCUACUCAGAUGAAGCGUCUAGGAAGAAAUCGUAGAGCGGUCUUCGGAUCCCUAAAAUGGAGAUAUGGACCUAGAGGGUAAGGACGAGCCUGUCUUGGAUCCCUCCACUAACGUGCUUUAACGAGGGCACCUUUAUGCUUCGUGGUUGCUCACAUCACCUCGCUGUUGACAUCUUGCUUCUCUUUGGACUUAUUUCACACAUACUUCAGCCCGCGAUCAUGCAGAGGCAUUCCCAAAGCAUUUCAAUGCAGCUGUAAUUCUUGAAGGGGAACUUUAGUUAGUAGGUUUGCUGCACUCUUGAAUAUUUUUUCCCCCAUUGGGAGAUAAGGGCUGUGGUUCUUAUUAGUCUUAAAGCUUUUGAAAUUGCUUUGUAAUGCUUCCCACACUGAUGAAUUUCAUUCAACUUUCUCAAUAU